AUGAUUUUUGAAGCAAGAAUCGACAGUGUGAUUGGCCAUGCCAUAUUGAGUGAAAACUCGACUUCCUCGACCUCUACCACCAAAGGACCUACCACCUCUAGUAGUACCUCUACCACGAGAAUUGGAAUUAGGUUUAAAAUCUUCUUCAUUUCUUCGUUCGUCUUAAGCUUCCUCAUUUCUGCCGUCGCCGCCGUUCGUUCCUUCCUCUUCAGUCGUCGUCGCCGCCGUUCGUUCCUUCCUCUUCAGUCGUCGCCGCCGCCGGUCAUUCCGUCUUCUCCACCUUGGGAGAAAGAAUUAGCUGCUGUUAAGAUAAAUGCAGCAGAUGUUGAUAUAAUUGCAAACGAACUAGAGUUGGACAAAAAGGUGGCUGAAAGAACCUUGCGUUGCUGCCAUUCGUCAUUUGCUUCACUAGUAUGGGAACCGGGUUCAGUUAGGGAGUACUUAGUGAAUCGAUACACGGCCUACGUCGGCAACCCAGAUAGCUUGUUUAUUUUGCCGUAUAACACUGUUCCCGUGGGAAAACACUGGUUGUUGUUGGCUAUCGAUCCGAUUAAAGAAGUUGUGUACUUUCUGAAUUCGGUAGACGGGGAAUGGACUAACUAUCCCGCUAUGAAGGAAACUGUUGAUCAAUCAAUACAAAUAUUUCGUAGUCAAAGGGACGCACAGGUACCCCGGAGUAAAUCAUCAAAUAUUACUUGGAUCAAAGUGCAGUGUCUGUUACAGAAUAACGAUGUAGAUUGCGAAUACUUUUGCUUGAGGUUUAUGAAAGAAAUCCUUCAUAAAAAUCAAGUAGAGAUUCCAAGCACGUACUUUGAUGACCUCUAUACUAUGUCGUACACGAAAGUUCAAGUGGAAGAAGUCAAAGAGGAAAUAUGUCAAUUUUAUGUUGAAAACAGAUUAUUCUGA